GCAUAGUCGAGGAACCAAAGGCGGAGAAGGGAAAAGAAGCACAGUGUGCUGUACGCAGAACGCCAGAACGGUCUGACCAGACGGUCAGCGCCUCCGCCGCUCGUCCGCGCCUCCGCCGCUCGUCCGCGCCUCCGCCGCUCGUCCGCGCCUCCGCCGCUCGUCCGCGCCUCCGCCGCUCAUCCGCGCUUCCACCGCUAGUCCGCGCAUCGCAACGCCAAGCGCACGCCUCUCCUCCGCCAUCACCUCCGCCCCUCGCCCUGUGCUACUAUCUUUUGAAAUUUCGGGUCUUUGCUCGCCCGACUUGUCUCCAGUUCUCUCGAGAAGUCGAGCCUUGAGGUAAUCAGUGUAUAGUCGGCCCAGGGUACAUAUCCGUCCUGGCUACGUCCCUGCAGUGAUGACUAAACUUGGGCUCACAUUAUCAAGGCUCAAAUAAUGCAUGCAGAAAAUGCCAGUGAAAAGCGUUUUGCUUCGGAUUUUGGAACAAUCAUGGAGGAGAAAGGCAGACCGUAAAUGCCAGGCGGUUGUGGAGUUCCCACUUCCCAGAUGUGCUUCGGUGACUUUAGUUUUAUACAGCCUUACUCCUUUACUUCCUUCGGUCUUCACCCCUUCCCAAGAGACUAGGAGUUGUACACCAUCAAUGUCCGUUGUCUUCUCUCUAAAUGAUCAGAGGAACAACCAUAUUUUCAAAAUGUUGGACAGCUCAUUCACAUCUCUUCAUCCGCUUAUCUUCGUUUGCUACACCUUUCGAUCUCAAGAGCGGCAUUGCAUCGCUUCAAGCAUGUGCAAACCAAAGGAAUCUCAAAACUGGCAAACAACUCCAUACACACAUGCUUGUGACUUCUCUUGUAAAUUUCUCCCCAGUCUGCAUCACUAGCCUUAUCAACAUGUACUCCAAGUGCAAUCCCAACUCUAUGUCUGAUGCCUUCUCUGUGUUCUCCACAUCCCCUCCUCAUGCCCGCAAUGUAUUUGUUCACAAUGCCCUUAUUGCCGGCUUCACGUCUCAUGAUCUUCCCAAUGCAGUUCUUCAAAUAUAUUUGGAUAUGAGAGUGCUGGGACUGGUUCCUGAUAAGUUCACAUUCCCUUGCGUAAUUAAGGCAGCUUCUUAUAGUAAUAAUCUGAUAUGUAUGAAAAGCAUUCAUGGUUUAGUGUUUACGUUUGGGUUGGACUUUGAUUCGUUUGUAGGCAGUGCAUUGGUGCACUCAUAUCUGACAUUCGGCUUGACAGAGGACGCUGAGGAGGUGUUUGAUGAAUUGUCCCUUAGAGAUGAUGUUGUUCUUUGGAAUGCAAUGAUUAAUGGAUAUUCCCAAACUGGAAAUUUUGACAAGGCUAUGGAGGUGUUCACGUGGAUGAUGACGGAUGAUGGUGUUUCACCAAAUAGGUUCACUAUUACAGGUGUAUUGUCAGCUCUUUCAAACAUAGAAUCAUCGGUGCAUAAAGGAAGGGAGAUGCACGGAUUCAUCAAAAGAAAAGGGUACGAUGAAGGCAGUGUUGCUGUUUCGAAUGCAUUAAUAGAUAUGUAUGGGAAAUGUAAGCGAGCUAGUGAUGCUCUCGGAGUCUUUGAGAUGAUGUGUGAGAAAGAUAUAUUCUCAUGGAACUCAAUACUGUGCGUUCACGAACAAUGUGGGGAUAGUGAGGGAACCAUUCGGCUUUUCAAGCAGAUGCUUUGUGCAGCCCAAACGCCCCCAGAUUUGGUCACUGUAACCACUGUCCUCCCUGCUUGCUCUCAUUUGGCAGCUCUAAGACAUGGUAAGGAAAUUCACGCCUACAUGAUUGUCACCAUGCUAAAGAACAAUGUUGACCGUGACAAUGACUCUUUCAUUGA